GCCCUUUCUUAAUGGGUAAGCUUGAAUUCUCAAGUAAGCAAACUCUUUGAUUCUUUUCAGUUACCCGUUUUUUUCUUUUCAUAAAGUGUUGUUGGUUUUGGAUACUUUGGAUUUGUGCUCAUUUUGGGUAUAUCUUUAUUUUUACAAUCUCUACCUUCCAUUUCAAGCCAGUCUUUUUCUAUGCAAAAAUGCCAAUUAAAAGCCUUUCAACUACCCAAUAAUGUCUCUAUAUAUCUCAAUUACAGCCUCACUGAUUUCAAUUGGGUUGCUGGAUGUUACAUCUUCCAUUAAUAGAAGGAAAUAAAUGAGUGAAUUUAAUGGUUAGAAGAUAUUCUUUUUCAUGCCCUUUCUCUGUUCCAUCGCCCUUUUGUAAAGGGAGGAUUAAUAGUGAAAGGCAAGUAUGAAGAAAUCUCCAAUAUACCCAAAGUAUGAGGCUGGGGAUUACAAUGACUAUGGUUUUGAUCCCCAGGUGGAUUUUUCACAGUUCUUGGAAGAAGCAAGAAAACACACAAGCAAAGAGAAUUUUGAGGCUGCACCACCACCAUGUUUAGGAGGAGCUGGAAAGAAACAUUUGGGUGAAGCGAAAACGAAGAAGAAAUCGUGGAAAGAGUCCCUGUUUUCAUGGUGGAAAGAUGACAAGAAGAGCAAUUCCAGUGUGGAGCCUCCAACUAUUCCUCACACAGCCAAGUCAAAACGCGGUAAUGCCUCCGGUCCUAUAUAUGGGAGUGGUGGUGGAGCCAGCUGCAAGCCCCGACGCCCAACAUCCGGGCCCCUCACCAGGUUUUUCCACCCCACAAGGAGAGUGGAGAAUGAGAUGCCCUAUAUUUGUCUUGGCCAGCUUAACAACACUCAUGAUGUUCAGUCCUAUGGACCUGUUUACUUGGUAACAUGAUAGUAGUCAACAAUGGAAAGUAGUUGACAGAGGGCUUGGAAAUGGCUGUUUCUUUGUUCAAUACUACCGUGCACUCUGGUUAAUUGGAGAUUUGCAAGAAUAUAGGUAUUAGGAAAGUGCAAGUCUGGUUUUUCUUGAACAAUAGAAAGAUAUUUGAAAGUAAGACUAAUGAGCCAACUUAAUUUGAAGUGCUUCGGUUUUACUGUUUUUAA